AUGCCUUCCUGGAACGACGAGGAAACCAGCUCGGAGGAGGAGUGCGAGGUUGUCAGCAUGGACAUGGGACUUAUGGAGGAACCAGACACAACUGUGGAGCCCCUUUUUUGUGGCCAACUUGAGCUUGCUCAUCCCAAGUGCAUUCUGCACCAACUGAGGCCUAUUAAGCGUGUUGCUUUUGAAGGGCCUGAAAAUGGUGUGAAUUGUGGUGUUGUAGAGUGGGUUGAUGGGCCUUGGCCAACUGUUCUUCAGAGAUGUUUGUGCAAACUAUGGGAGAUGUUCCAUGAGCAGAACUUUGGAAGGGUACAGGACAAGGAGAAGUUUGAGAAGGAGUUGGCCAGGCUUAAGAGUGAACAUGAAAGGGAGUUGGCCAAGCUUAGGAUUGAAAAUGACAAGCUUUGCAUUGAGUACACCAAGCUUGUUGAUGAUGUAUCCAAGAUGUUUGAUUGGCAGGAUGGUAGGGUGGACAAGAAGGUGUACCAGAAACAAGUGGUGGAGGAAGAACUUGAGAAGAAGAAGAAGGAGUUAGAGGAGAAAUCUAUGUUGGAGGUGCAGAUGGAAAAGCUCAAACUUGCAAAAGAGCAGAGGUGCAUUUUGCAGAGCCAAGCUGAUAUCAUCAAGAACACCAGGAAGGCUAUGAAGGCUGUUGAAGUUGACAGAGAUGUUCUUAAGAAGGAGAAGGCAAAGCUUGAGCUUGUGGCUGCUGAGCUGCUGAAAGAAGGGUAUGGCAGUAAGGAGAAGUUAGAGCAAAUCAAGGCCAUCCUUGAGUCUUGA